AUGGGGCCUGAGGAUGACCCAGAGGCUUACCUGGUGACCUUCGAGUGGGUUGCUGCAGUAGCUGGUUGGGCGCCGGACCAAUGGGCCACCCUGCUUGCCCCCUAUCUAACGGGGCCGGCCCAGAAGGCUUACCGGGGGCUACCAGACGAUGAAGCCCGUGUGUACGCCAGAGUAAAAGCGGCUAUCCUGGAUGCCUUCGACGUCACCCCGGAAACUUUUCGGCGACAGUUUCGGGGAAAGCUUUACCCCCCGGGUGCCCGGCCCCGGGCUGUGGCACAGGAAUUAAAGGAUGCAGCGUGCCGAUGGCUACAACCCGAGCAUCGAACUGUAGCUGAGGUGACAGAACAGAUCAUCCUCGAGCAAUUCGUGCACAUCCUUCCGACUCCAGGGAGGGCAUGGGUGUUGCGGCACUGA